CGCUGGGGCCGCCGGAGCCAGGCAGGGAGCCCGGCAGAGGCGCUCCGGCGGCAGCGUCCCGGCAGCUGAGCUCGGCCCCGCGGCGCCCGGCCCCGGGCAGGAUGCUCCCGCUCCCAGUGUGGCUGUGGCGGAGCUGUAGCCCCGUGUCCAGCCUCGUGGGGCCGGGUCCCCCCAGCCUCUUGGGCCGGCUGGUGGGGGACAUGCCGACGCCCCUGGCGGAGAUGGAGCGAAUGAGACGCUCCCUCCUGCUGGCUUCUCCCCUUCUCCGCGGGGGAGGCCAGGGGAGGGCGACGCCAAGGCAGAGCGGCCGCUCGCUGGCCGAGGGUGCUGGGAAGGAGCCCGGGUCCCAGGCGCCGGGGAAGGAGAAGUACCAGCUCUCCAUGGACGUGAGCGGCUUCUCCCCAGCUGAGCUGACGGUGAGACUGGCCGGGAGGAAGCUGACGGUGACGGGGAAGCGGGAGAGGAAAAGGGAGUCGGAGGCUGGAGUCUGCUCCCACGAGUACAGAGAGAUCCGCCGAGAAACGCUCCUGCCGGAAGCCGUGAACGUGCAGGCCCUGCUCUGCUCCCUGUCCCAGGACGGGCAGCUCUGCAUCGAGGCGCCGCCUCUGGCCCUGCCAGCUGCCGAAGGGAGAGCCGUUCCCAUCAGCGUCUGCCAGGGCGUGAAGGCAGGAGAAGGGAACCUGGCCACGGAGGGAAAGGAGCCGGGGAGCAGCGAGGUGGAGACAGGAGGAGGGACUGAGGGGUCCAGCCCCAGAGAUUCCUGAAACCAGCCACCGACUCCAGUAGCCCUGGGACUCUGGUCCACUGAUUCCACUCAGCCCAGCUAGUGAGGCUGUUGUAAUUGAUGUGAAUACUUCUGAGCCUGUUCCUGGGCUUUGUCUCUACUCUGCUCACUAACAAUUUGUGUGUCUGAGGAAGGUGUCAGUUGCUCUGUGACUGCAUGCGGCUGUGGAGCACAGUUGGUGUUUAGAAUUUUUUACCUUGUUACUUUGAUAACUAAACUCUUUACUGUAAAUACAUGGUGGUGCCUGAA